UUGAUAACAGUCAUUUUUAAGCACAAGGGUGCAGGCGAUUCAAUUGUCGGGCUUCCGCAGGAACUGCUCCUUCGCCACCCGCUACAGUCGAGAUGGGCUUUGUGGUAUCUCAAGGCUGAUCGAAAUAAGGAAUGGGAGGAUUGUCUUAAGAUGGUAUCGCUGUUCGACACUGUGGAAGAUUUCUGGGCGCUGUAUAAUCAUAUACAGACGGCAAGUGGUCUUAACUGGGGUUCUGACUAUUACUUGUUCAAGGAGGUUUGUUGA